UUUAUAUUAUUUUUGGAUAUUUCUUCUCUGAAGAAGCUCCCCUAUCCGCACAUACCCCAUUAAUACGGAAAUUCGGUAAUCGUAUUCACCGUUCAGUAAUCGGAAUCGUGCCCAACAAUGAUAUACAUAUGUACAUAUGUAUGUAAGUAUGACAGUUUUGUUUCAUUACCCUGAAGUGUGUUUGACAGAAACAUGCACUUGACAACUGAAAAUAUUUACUUACUUACGCAGUCCGACUUAUCAUGACAAUAUUUGGAAUCUAUAAUUUUUAAACACCAUCAAAAAUGUAUAAGAACUAUGUGUAUGAGAAGAGGUCUUAUACAUAUUUCGGUAUAAAUGGGGUGUGUACUGAUAGGGGCUUCUGCAGAGGAGGAAUAUCAAAAGCCGCACAGAAAAAAUGGCAAAAUUUCAGGAGUAUUUUAGUGAGAAAACUAAAGCAAAUGCAAAUGGGCGAAUCCGUACAACAGUAUUACUUAUACGAUCACAUGAAAUAUAUAAUACCAUAUUUGAAGAAAACAUAUGAACCUGGAGCAUUAAAGAGAACAGUUAGACAAAUAGAUGUAGAGCCAGAUGCGGAAUAUGGGACUGGAUCGGAGCAUAGUACUGAAAAUAUUGAAAUCAAUGAAGACCUGACAGUGGACAGUCAUGACCCAAUUUAUCUCGAAAAUAAUGAACCAAAUGAAAAAUAUGCUCUAAAAAAAAUUAAGGUAGCAGUGAGCUCAGAGGACGAAGGUGGACCAGAAUUCGAUAAUGAUGUGGUGUCUAAUUCUCCGCAAAGUGAACUCAGGGAGAAUAUUAUGGUUAACAAUAAAAUGACGAAUUCUACAUUAAUGCAUGCUGCUUCCACACCCGUGACAUAUAGUGAGCAACGCGACCAAACCAUGUCUAGAGAAACUCCGAAAAGACAAUUUGUAUUAAGCUUAUUGCCAGAUCUUAACGAAAUGACCAACUCACAAAUGCGCCAAUUUAAGUUCAGAGUUCUGCAAUUAAUUGAUGAAAUAUUAAAUGAAAACAACACCUGAUUUAAUUAACUACCAAUUAGUAGAUUUCGAAAAGUUGUGAAGUUAUUGCGACGCUUCCAUUAUUUUAACACAUUGUCACGUUACACAUUUUCGUAAGUUGUCGCUCAUUGUUUUCACACAAGCAACACGAGUCCGGCAACUUGACAAGACAAUUUUCUACAUUUUCUUCCAUAUCGCAUUUCCAAAUUCUUGUACGCUUCGUGUACGCGGCGAACAAAAAUAUUUUUAUUACUUAAUUUUUAUCUACCCUAUUCUAAAA